CUUGGUGCUCAAAACCUUCUCCAAACUGGGCGUAUGGAGAGAAAUUUCUACCCCAUAAUAAACAUACAGAAGUAAAACCUCAGCGCGGAUUUAAUUCUUAGUUAAUAAAACUGGACUUUAUCUGCGGGACUGAGCGAAAAGGAGGACGAUCAAUCAGCGCAGCGCACCUGGUAGUUAUCGUUUAAUCCACCCACACCUCUCUGCUCCAACUUUAGUCUUCAGCUCCUCAUUUUGCACAACUUCCCGCCAUGAAUCAAACUGCGGGAGCCACAAAUGCGUACCGCAGAUGCUCCAAAGGAGGGAAGGUUCCAGGCUUGCCACAGAUAUCUGCCUUAAAUUCACGGGGAGCUAUACAUUCAUUGUAAAAUAUAAAAUAGUUAAGAACUGAGAACACACGGGAUGAUGGAGACAACGUGUAAAGGGCACAAGGGGGCACUGUUGUUCUCUCCACUGCAUCUCCACUGACCCAAAUGGAGGCGAAUAAAGAUAAACUAAUGGAGAUGUGUUAACUCCACUCCAGGUCCACAGACAAAAGUUUGGAGUGUAAAUCUUUACGAUUCUAAUGUGAGAAGGUUGUGUCCCUUCUCCGCCUAAAGCAGACAGCCAUUAGUCCCUGAAGGUUUAUCAGCGGUCACAUUUCCUCUGGCACAGGGGAGGAAAGGACCGAGAAGUGAAUCCGGCUCAUCUGACCGGGAUUUUUUCUUGCACAUGCAGAAUUCCUCAUCGGUUUUGUUUUGUAGUUGUGUAAAGUGUGGGAAAACUGCGUCGAUGAGGAAUCGCUGCCAGGAAGCGUGGAUGUGCGUGAUCCAAAUCCUUAACAAAGCCUGGAAUCACAUUUAUCCACCCUGCUGAAGUAGAGCGGCAUCACUUCUCUAACUUUUUCCUGGACGUGAACCGAGUAAACUAUCAACUGGUCGACAUGGCGUCUCUGUAUCAGAGAUUCAGCGGUCAGAUCAACACCAACAAAUCCUUCCCCAACACCCCGGAGGCGAGCCAGCUCCUCGGACAGGCCGGCGAUCAGAGGGAUGGGGCGGCAGAGAGCCAGCGAGCCCGGCUUCAGCGCCGCCGCUGCGAGGACGAGGAUGAGCUGGUGGGCAGCAACCCUCCGCAGAGGAACUGGAAGGGAAUAGCGAUCGCCCUUCUUGUCAUUCUGGUCAUCUGCUCGCUGAUCGUCACCUCCGUCAUCCUGUUGACACCAGGUGAAGAUGACCGUCUGGCUCUGAAAGGCAAGGUUACCGUUGGAGACCUUUUCCGAAAAGAAUUCAAGGUUCAUGACCCAAAUGGCAAAUGGAUAAGCAGUAAUGAGUUACUGUACCGUAACCGAGACGGCGACGUCGUCAAGUACAACGUUGACACAGAAGAGCAAACUGUCUUGGUUCAUAACAAGAAAUUCGAAAUGUACAAAGCCAGCAGGUAUGAGGUGUCCCCUGACUUGAAGCAUGUGCUGCUGGCCUACAACGUCGCAGCGGUGUACCAGUAUUCUUACACGGCCUUCUACAUCAUCUGCAGUCUGGAAACUCCAGAGACUUGGAACCUGAACCCUCCAGAGGUGCGAAAUGCUCAGCUGCAGUUCGCAGGCUGGGGACCCCAGGAUCAACAACUGAUAUUUAUUUUUGAGAACAACAUCUACUAUCGGUCUAAGGUGGAGAGCCGUUCUAUUCGUCUGGUGUCAACUGGCAAGGAAGGCGUCAUCUUCAAUGGACUCAGUGAUUGGCUGUAUGAAGAGGAAAUCUUCCACUCACAUAUUGCCCACUGGUGGUCUCCUGAUGGAGCCAGGUUAGCCUACGCCACCAUCAAUGACACUCUAGUGCCCAAGAUGGAGCUGCCAAUGUUCACAGGAUCACCCUACCCAAUGGGAAAAGAGUAUCCAUACCCCAAGGCUGGUGAGGAGAACCCGGUCAUCACUAUGUACGUUGUAAACCUUAACGGCCCUCUGCACACCAUCGAAAUGAGGAGACCUGAUGAUCCCAGGAUUGGUGAGUACUACGUGACAAUGGUGAAGUGGGCCACCACAACCAAACUGGCCAUUAACUGGCUGAACAGAGCCCAGAACAUUUCCAUGCUGACGCUGUGUGAGGCCACGACGGGAGUCUGCACAAAGAAACAUGAAGAUGAAAGCGAAGGCUGGCUCUACAGGCAGAAUGAGGAGCCUCUGUUUUCUAAAGACGGCCUCAAGCUCUUCUUCACCCGUGCCAUUCCCCAAGGAGGCCGGGGGAAAUUCUUCCACAUCUCCAUGUCUGUCUCCCAGCCCAACACCAGUACAGACACGCUGCAAUCCAUCACAUCUGGGGAUUGGGAUGUCACUCAUGUUCUGGCCUACAAUGAAGACAGCCAACUGAUAUACUUCCUGAGUACUGAAGAUGGACCAAAGCGAAGACAUCUGUACAGUGCCGACACGUUUGGAUCAUUUAACCGACGCUGCCUGUCGUGUGCCUUGGCUGACAGCUGUGGCUAUGUCAGCGGCUCCUUCAGCCACAACAUGAGUUACUUCCUGCUCAACUGCCAAGGACCAGAUAUUCCAUUUGUGGCUGUGUACGAAACCCAGAGAGAUGCAGAAAGUGAGACUCAGGACAGAGAAAGUAUUUCAGAGGUUUCUAAACUGGAGAGCAACGAGAACCUCAGGCUGACCCUGGACUCCAUGCAGAUGCCCACAGUGGAGUACAAGGAGAUCAACAUGGAUGACUACAUCUUGUCUUUAAAGAUCCUAAAACCCGCCGGCUUCAUGGACACAUCACACUAUCCGCUCCUUCUGCUUGUUGACGGGACACCCGGUAGCCAAACAGUGUCAGAGCGGUUUGUCCUGGACUGGGCCCUGGUUCUGGUGAGCAGCUUCGGCGCCAUUGUGGUCCGCUGUGACGGCCGAGGCAGCGGCUUCCAGGGAACCAACGUUCUGCACCGGAUCCAUAAGAAGCUGGGCGUGUUUGAGGAACAGGAUCAGAAGGAUGCUCUGAAGCUAAUUCUGAAGGAGCCCUACGUGGACCAAACCAGAGUCGGAGCUUUUGGACAGGUGUACGGAGGCUACGUGACCAGCCUGUUGCUGAGUGGUGAAGAGUCUCCAAUCAAAUGCGGAGCUGUCCUCUCACCCAUCACUGACUUUGAGUUGUACGCCUCUGCUUUUUCUGAAAGAUAUCUCGGACUGCCUAAACCAGAUCCAAGAGCAUACACGAUGGCAAACUUGGCACACAGAGCAUCUCAAUUCAUGGAUAAGAAGUUCCUCAUCAUUCAUCCAACAGCUGAUGAAAAAGUCCAUUUCCAACAUACAGCGAAAUUCAUCUCCCAGCUCAUUAGUGAGAAGGCCAACUACACCUUACAGAUUUACCCAGACGAGGGCCACUUCAUCCACAGCGAAGCAACAAGGCAGCACCUGAGUCAGUCCCUGGUGAAUUUCUUCGAGGAGUGCUUCAGGCUACCGGAAAGUGUGUUUGAGGAGGAUUUGGAAGAGGAGGUUGAAGACGAGGGUUAGACUGUCCUCAACAGGCUCCCAUUCUUCUUUUCUCCACCUACUCCAUUUGGUCAUCGGCAUUUCCUCUGUGUUGUAUCUGUGCCCAAGCACGGCCAAGUUGUCCAUAAUAUGCAACCGUCAUAUUCCUUGUUUUUCGGUUUAACUCGCUGUGUCUACGAUGCCGGAUCUAUGACGUCUAUCCUCCCUUAUUCUUUCAAUGCGCUGACUUGGAUUUAAAAAGGCCCUCAACAGAGGUAAAAAUGACUGAUGACCUUACAAGAAGUUUUGAAAUAUACUGAAAGGGAAGCACUCUCCUUUACAGCAGGAUGGACAUCUUUUAAAGCAAUGGAAAGAAAGCGUAAGCCUACACAGACUUUCAAGCUGUGAGGAGAUGAAGCACGUUAUAGCACACAACCUAUGGGCUUGUAUAUAAACGAAAUUCAGAACCCUGAUGCUGAUUGGCAGUGUUCACAAGGGGUGUCUGGAACUGCGUGGAUACAGGGAACAUUACUAUUUUUAAAGUUGUGAUGAACUUUUCAUGGACUGUGGUUUUGUCUGUUGUUAACAGUAUGUAAAAUUAGCACACAAAUCCUCAUCCAGCUGCUUUUUCUUUUAAAUGUUAUUUGCCUCAACAAUGCUGGUUUAUGUUUAAGGUUCAUACCUGUUUUCAGUUAUCUGAAGCUCUUUGAGAGGCAAAUGUUUUAGGGGGGAAAGAAAGGAGCCAUUUGUUUAGGAAUAUUAAUUGGAUACAGUUCUAUUUCGGUUUCAUCCAACAUUGUUUCGUGAAACAAACGCAUCUUCUUGUUUCAUUGCCGGUGCCUUACUUUAUCAGAAAACAUGAAGCUAAAUUUAUCUAAGACAAAAGAAAAGCCAAGAUAUUUGUGGUUCAGACCUUCAAACACUUGUCCAAACGUUUUUCAGGUCAUAUUAUCGUACUACAGUAAUUUAUAUUCUCCUAUUGACUGUGGAAAGCAUGCCUAUGUGGAGUUUAGACAAACAUAGAAUGCUCUUUGCAUUUAAGUUGAUGGCUAUAUCCCAACACAGGAAGGGGGGUUUUUAAUGAACAGUACCUUUUAAAAAAACUAGAUCUUUCUGAAAAUAAGAAUUGAAUUACCUCUUUAUUACAUGAAACCAAGCUAAUAUAGGCUACUUCUGAUCUUAAGCUAGGUGUGCUAGAAUAAAUAAAUACAGUUAUUAGCUUUCAAAAACAUUUCAGUAAUAAUUGAUAUUUUGUGAAAUGGUCAUUUUUCUUUUCAAAAACUAAAUUUAAAAACUGACAUUGUUGCGCAUUAAAGCCAAACGCAGCAGCAAAGAUUAGCUUUAGGAUAUUUUAGCUCUGUUAGCUUUUCCUGCUAACAAUUAGUGUGAUGAAGCUCAGUUUACUUGGCACAGAAACAAAAUACCCUUUUAUAGCACUGUAAACCAUGACCUUAUUGUUUCAUUUUAUGGGAUAGCAAUGUGUGUGUUUUUUUUUUUUUUUUUACAUUUUGACAGUACCACAUUAGCUGUUGAGCUACAGGCUAUUGCUACAGGCUAAUGCUAAUCUAUGGAUAUUCUCUAAAAUGUAGGUUAAUUUUAAUGCAACUCUUUGAAAAUUACACAGGAAAUAUUUCUGGGUAUGCUCAAUGGCUUCUGAAGCUUGUAUUUACCAAGAAAUAUUUUUUUUAAAUCAUCACAAACUUUAGGGUUGCUUUUCCCCCCAACAAUAUACAAUGUAAAGCAAAUUUAAAAUGGUAAGUUUCAAGUUAGAUUUGUAAAGGAGGUAAAACUUCCUCUAAGCGAAUUACUGAAAUGAAUAAUGGGGCACAAGUUUAUUUAUAUUUAAUCUUAAUUUAUGUUGCACUCCAGUGCAUGUUCAGAGGUACUUUGCUACAGUAUUAAUUUCUUAGUUCAUCGUAAAUUUUGACAUCCUGAAUGUUUCUUACAAAACUGCAUAAAAUAUAUUUGCAGUAGUAUUGUGACUGAGAUCACAGUCUCGUUAGCUUGAUGUGUAAAUGUUCUAAUAUCAUUUUAUUCUGAAAAGAAAAAAACAAUGUUACCUGAGUGUUAUUAGUGCAUAACAUACUUUGGAAAUUAUUUUCAGUUCUUUUUUGUUCUUCUGUUGCCGUCUUUAAAUUGAACUGGAAGUGGACUUUAUAAAUGGCCAAUGGAAACAAACUUUCUUUAUACAUGUAGAGGACUUUUUCCAAGAUGUUCAACUUUGUUAUCCAAAGCGUGCAGAGAGGUCACCGGCAGAUUGUGGCAUGAAAGUAAGUGUUACAAUAAAAAAGUAGAUAUUUUAUCAGUCAUAAA